AGCUGCUGUUUUGCAGUUAGUGCUGUGACUGUAGCGAAGGCCGCGGUGUUUGUGUGCUGUUGGAGUUUCGCUUUAUUAUUAAUCUAAAGGUGCAGUUGGGAGUCAUGGCGAUGCAAGAUGUUCGACCCAACCACACCAUCUACAUCAACAACCUGAACGAGAAGAUCAAGAAGGAUGAGUUGAAGAAGUCCCUGUACGCGAUCUUCUCUCAGUUCGGGCAGAUCCUGGACAUCCUGGUGUCUCGCUCUCUGAAGAUGAGGGGGCAGGCCUUUGUUAUCUUCAAGGAGGUGAACAGUGCCUCCAAUGCCCUGCGCUCCAUGCAAGGCUUCCCCUUCUAUGACAAGCCUAUGCGCAUCCAGUAUUCCAAGACGGACUCUGACAUCAUCGCGAAGGUGAAGGGCACGUUCGUGGAGCGGGACAAGAAGAGGGAGAAGAGAAAGGUGAAGGGUCAGGAGGUGGUGGGAGGGAAGAAGGCUGUGCCUGGAGGUGCAGCCCCUAUGGCCGCCGCAGUGCCAGGGCAAGUGCCGGGCAUGCCGCCCAUGAACCAGGCUCCCCGCAUGAUGCCGAUGCCAGGGCAGCCUCCCUACAUGCCUCCCCCUGGCAUGAUGCCUCCUCCUGGGAUGGGACCUGGGCAGAUGCCCCCUCAUGGCAUGGCUCCUGGGCAGAUGAUGCCCGGACAGAUGCCAGGGCAGAUGCCUCAUCCCCAGCAGGUGCCUGAGAACCCACCCAAUCACAUCCUGUUCUUAACCAACCUGCCUGAGGAGACCAACGAGCUCAUGCUGUCGAUGCUGUUCAACCAGUUCCCCGGGUUCAAAGAGGUGCGCCUGGUGCCCGGUCGUCACGACAUCGCCUUCGUGGAGUUUGAGAACGACGUGCAGGCAGGGGCGGCUCGAGAUGCACUGCAGGGCUUCAAGAUCACGCAGAGCAACGCCAUGAAGAUCUCCUUCGCCAAGAAAUAAGCGGGGCUCGCCCGGGAACACAGCCUCCUUCUACGUUCUAGUGCAGUUUUAUAUUAUACCUUGUUGUUUUAAGGAGUGUAGACAGAAGGGUACAAGAGGUCUAUUUUAUUUUUCUAUAGGUAUUUCUUUAAGUUGAGGCCAGCAUUUUUCUAGCCCCCCUGAUAUUAAAAUAUCAGGUCUUACUUGACUGAUGAGGAUUUAAUACCUUUUUACUGCUUUCCCCUUCUGCAUAACUUGAUUGACCUACAGCACAGGAAGGAACAGGUAUGUUGCUAUCUGGUCCCCCUUUGUGUUCUAAAAGCACAAUUAGAGCUGUCUGUAUCGGCUAGUUCUCUAGAUGUGUGUGGAAAGUUAAGCAUGAACAAAGCAUCAGAUUGCAUCCUAUUUUGACAAGGGGCUUUCUAGGGACCCUGUCAAUGAUAUACUGAGAAGCAGAGGAAUCUUAACACUUUUCAAGGUAAAUGCUGUAAUAAGACCAGUAACUUCCUUACUACAUUAGGGGGACCAGUGAUCCAGUUUCUAAUAGUUUAAGACUGCUUUUAAAUCUCUGCUUGUUACUCCCCAGUAAAGUCUCGACUGGAAUUCCUGUGCUGGGCUGCUUGUGCGAGUGGGAUAAUGAAGUGUGCUUGGCUGAAAGACUAUACUCUGUACAGUUAUUCUAUAAAGCAUUGCACCCAGAGUCUGCCAGACAGACACUGUACCUGGAGCUUUCUGUGUAUCCAGCUGUUUUUACAGCUUGGCAAUAAAGUUUAAUUUUUUACAUCUGA